AUGGAAGGACAAAAAUGUUACCAUUGGGUACCGGAGAAAGCGAGGAAACAGAUGGAAAGGCAAGUGCAUCACACAAGCCAGGCCAGACAGUUUCGGAACAGGAUAUGUAGACUUUUCCCCACUGAAAGGCUACCGAGAAUUGCGGAAGAUGGGCAGACAACACAGAGAAGGCAGCAGGUAAAAAAGAGGGAGCAAGAGCAAAUCAGAGACCACCAGCAACGAAUGCUUCGAGGGAGGGAAAUGAUAGAGCAAAGACUCAAGGACCGGCUCUGGAGAAACAACCCGGACCAGCUCCCUUCGCUUGAGAAGCUCGAGAAAAUGAAGAAAGAGAUGAAGGACUUUGAAAGCGUUAACGCACACCCGCUUUUAGAGCUACGCACUAAAAGUCUAAUUAAACUAGAAAGACUUUUGGAAAUGUCUCAGGCAAGAGAGGACAUACAAACAACUAUAAAGCCUCAUCAAAAGAAAUUCCUGGACUUGCCAACCUUUUUGAGAAGUCAUGCACGAAAAAUCAAAGAUCAAUAA